AUGCUUCAGGCUUGGUGUAGGAGGAGGAGUACUGCCCCAUCACUGGUAUCAGUGAGACGAAUACUGCCCCAUCAUUGGUAUCAAUGGGAAGAGUACUGCCCCAUCACUGGUAUCAGUGGGAGGAAUACUGCCCCAUCAUUGGUGUCAGUGGGAGGAUUAGUGUCCCAUCAUUGGUGUCAGUGGGAGGAUUAGUGUCCCAUCACUGGUGUCAGUGGGAGGAGUACUGCCUCAUCAUUGGUAUCAGUGGGAGGAAUAGUGCCCCAUCAUUGGUAUCAGUAGUACUGCCCCAUCAUUGGUAUCAGUGGGAGGAAUAGUGCCCCAUCAUUGGUAUCAGUGGGAAGAGUACUGCCCCAUCACUGGUAUCAGUGGGAGGAAUAG